UUCACUUCCCGUGAACCGCUGUUGAACCAAAAAACGCCUCCUCGUCGAAGACAGAAUACAGUUCUUCCCAGCACAAGAUCUACUAGUCAACCGGAAUCAGAUGAAGACGAAUUAGAUGGGUUAACAUUUGUACCAUUGGCGAAUGAUCAGAAGAGUGGGGCAGACGUAACCGACGCGGCAACACCAGCUCAAAACGGCGAGCAGGGACAUGAUGAGAUAGAAAACUCAGAGUUACCAGAGGUCGGGAACCCAGAUGUAUUGGCCCUUGAUGAACAACAACCAACCAUUCCACCGCCAGCAACGGAAAAUGCGUCUAUUCCACCACCACCUAUGGAAAAUACCAGACCUAGCAGAAACCCACCACCAAGACUAAAUUAUUGGACACCAGGUAACCCAGUCACAGGCAUUUCAUACCCUGGUAGUAUGAACACUAUUUUCGGUUUUGUAGAGCCUAGUCAACCAGGAGUGAUGCCUUUCCCACCAAUGAAUUCCAUUCCUUAUAUGUGGCAGCCAACCCCCCUACCUUAUAAUCCCUUUGCAUACCUCGGACCUCAUUGUCCGUACUGUGGAACAAUGUUCCUUAAUUAG